CCCGGAGCGCUCUGGCCUCCUGAGCAGGGCGCAGAGCGCGCAGUCCAGAGCCCGCAGCCGACCGUCGCUUGCCCUCGUGUCCUGGGCGGCUGUCGGGUUCCUGGAGAGCGCAUCCAGCCAUGGAGCCUUUGCACAAAGACUCCGAGACUGCGGCAGCGGCGGCGGCUGUGGCAGCGGCAGAUCCCCGGGGGGCGACGUCCAGCGGGGUGGUCGUGCAGGUUCGCGAGAAGAAGGGCCCCCUGCGCGCCGCCAUCCCCUGCAUGCCCUUCCCGGUGGCUGUCAUCUGUCUCUUCCUCAACACUUUCGUGCCGGGAUUGGGUACCUUCGUCUCAGCCUUCACUGUGCUGUGUGGGGCUCGCACUGACCUCCCAGACAGGCAUGUGUGCUGCGUCUUCUGGCUGAAUAUCGCUGCGGCCCUAAUUCAGGUGCUCACGGCCAUCGUUAUGGUGGGCUGGAUCAUGAGCAUUUUCUGGGGCAUGGACAUGGUCAUCCUUGCCAGGUACAAGGAUCAGGGUAUCCCACAGCAGCUGUGAGCCUACAGGACCUACCAGGGAAAUCCAGGGUCCUGCGAGGGCUGUGUCAGGUGGCUUCGGGCACAAGGACCUUCACAUGUUCUCUUCUGCCGUUUCUCAGAUCGGGGUAGAAAGAGAGUAUUUCAAAAAUAUUAUUUAUUUCGAAAAACACACCUGCUUUUCUCAGCAGGCUCUGAGGCCAGCUUCUCUCUCUGCUCCAGAGGCACAUGGGAGGAACAGGGUCAGAACUUCAGGACUGGGCUAGCUGCGGGAUACUGACCAAGCACCAGGGACGCUGGGCAUGCCCAUCUGACUGCCCGCUGAACAGGCACCCAAGCCUGUCGGGCUGGGCUGCCAUAGGCCCUGUCGGGCAGGGCUGCCAUAGGCCUGUUGGGCUGGGCUGCCGCAGGCCCUGAGCAGGUCAUCAGACACUCUCCCAGGCAUUAGGACUUCAUGGAAUACUUCCGCUGGGUCCUCAUCCCCUCAUUCAAUCAUGUGGUUCCUGCAUCUGCUCUGUGGGCUCCUGGGGGACAGUAUCAGGGUAGAGGUUGCAAGGUGGCCAGGUGGUAGCCCAGCAUGGAAAGGUUCCUGGGUCCCCACAGGUGUCUGAUGACACCCCAGCCUCAUAGUUGCUGGGUGUG